AUGUCGCUUCCACACGAUAGCUAUGUGCUGUUGUGCGUCAGCGUUCUUCUUGUGGUCGCAGCCCAUUACGCCUACAGCCGUUGGCUCUUCCCCACGCGUCGACUUCCUCUCCCUCCUGGACCGCCACGCGCUCCUUUUCUGGGGAACAUACACCAAGUACCUUUGACGUAUCAGCAUAAGAAAUUUGCGGAAUGGUCCCAGCAUUACGGGGAUCUGUUUUGUGUACAAGUAUUCCAGAAGCCGAUGUUCAUCGUCAGCUCUAUCAAAGUGGCUCGCGACCUACUGGAGACACGCUCGGCAAAAUACUCAGACAGGCCGUAUUCUGUCGUAGCGAACGAGCUCGUGUUUCCCCUUCGCAGGCCGACCUUGGGAUUCAUGCCCUACGAUGAACGGUUCAGGCGUCUGCGUAAAUGGUUCCAAGACGCAUUGGAGACGAAGGCCUCCCUGCAACAAUAUCAUCACAUACAACGGAGGGAGGUCGGGAGACUUUUGUCGGAUCUCGUACACACUCCGAAAGAGUUCUUCUCUCACAUCAGGAGAUAUAAUGGCGCACUGAUGCUAGAAAUUGCUUACGGACAUCCGGUCGCGUCCGCAGAAGACGAGUACAUGGCAUUCGCAGACCGCUCCGUCGCUGCCGUCACCGACAUCGGUAGUGUUGCCUCUACACUGGUCGAUUUCGUUCCCAUUUUGAAGUACAUCCCGACAUGGAUGCCCGGCGCAGGCUUCAAGCGUCAAGCCCUGCGUGUUAAGGAUAUGUGGGCUGAGAUGACACGCAUACCGUACCAGAGAGUCCGUGAUGACAUGGCUCUGGGGAAAGCAAAGCCCUCGUUUACCACUUUCAUGAUUCAAGAGGUGUCGCGAGAUGGGCAUCUCACAGACGACAAUGAGUACGACAUCAGCAAUGCUGCCUCCCAGAUGUACGGAGCUGGGGUUGAGACGACCUUGCAUACAUUGCUCGCUCUACUUCUCGCAUUGACUAUCUAUCCAAACGUCGUCGACAAGGCGCAAGCGGAAAUCGAUAGAGUCAUUGGUACAUCUCGACUUCCCGAGCUUGCCGACAGGGACUCUCUGCCAUACUUGGGCUGUAUUGUCCAGGAGGUGCUUCGAUGGUAUCCUGCAGGGCCACUGGGGAUGCCCCAUGCUCUCCGGGAGGACGACAGCUAUAAUGGAUAUCGUCUCCCGAGAGGCUCAAUGAUUGUUGCGAACAUUUGGGCAAUGACUAGAGAUCCGGCGCUGUAUCCAGAUCCCGAAGUAUUUCGCCCAGAGCGCUUCGAGGAGAUGGACGCUGAGACAGCUGGUGCGCGGGAUCCGCGGAAGUACACCUUUGGGUUUGGUCGCCGUAUUUGCCCUGGUCGCUACCUCGCCGACUCCAGUAUCUGGCUUGUGACGGCUAGUAUCCUCGCCACCAUGAAUAUCCGCAGGGAAUGCGACUCAGCGGGUCGCGAGAUCAUACCCACGCCGUCGUUCAAGAGCGGCAUCAUCAGCCACGUUGAACCAUUCGAAUGCGACAUCCGGCCCCGUUCUCAGAGGACUAUAGAUCUCAUUGCUGAGCGCAAGUACGAGACGACUGGUUAA